AUGCUGAAUGAUCUUAUUGAUUCUAAGAGGACUAACGGCAAUAUUAAAGAAACCAUAACUCAGACGUCUCAAGCAGAAUCAUUUGGGGCAGACUCUGAAGACCACGUGUUUACACUAAUGGAAGGUAUGGUUGACAGUGGUAAAAAUGGUGGUACGAAUGGAAGCAUCGAGGAUCUUAUAGUUGCUGAUGAAGAGGGGGAGAGCUCUGUAGCCUCUGUGGAGGAUCAACUGCACAAGGAAAUGACUGUGUAUGAGAUGUUCUGCUUAGCCGAUCCUCCUUACGACAAAACUCUCCAACAGCUGCAAAGUUUCUUGACGGGUCUAGUUUCCGAAGAGAAGUUGGAACUAAGAGAUGGACUGUAUUUUUUGAAAAAGUAG